UAGCAGUCAUUCGUCGACUCUUAUAUUUCUCUAUUGGGUCGCUAGUGAUCUACUUUCCCUAUCACUUCUUUCUUCUUCAAGAUUUGCAUCUGCCCCUCCUUCUUUUGAUUUGAUCAAAUCUCUUUGAUAAUUAUCUUGAUUGGAACAGCUGCCCUUUCUUCAGAUCUGUAUGAGAAACAUCUUGAUUUUACCAGGUACUUUAUAUUUAUUUAUGUUCUAGUUACUAUCAUUUGAAGUUUGCUAGUUUUAUUUGCUUCUUUAACAUAUUGAUAAAUAUUUAUAUUUAUUUAUCUUGCUAGGUUUUUUUGAAGUUUGAUAGUUUUAUUAUUGCUAGUUUGAAGUUUGCUAGUUAAUAAACUUGAAGAAAAUUUUAUUAUUUUAUUUCAGAUCGAGAGGUAUAGUCAUAUUAUGAAUGAGACCCAUAUCCUCUAACAAACUUGCAUGCUUGAUGAAGCCUUUAAUAGAUCUCUUUAAUCUAUGUUUGAAAGGAGAACAUCUCUGAUUAAUCACUGACAGACAGUGAUCUCUCUGCUUUGUCUCACUUAUCUGCAAUCAAAGUUGGCAUCAUUUGGUGCCUGUUCUGAUUCAAGCAAGUCUUUAGGAGAAAUUCUUCUCAGUCAAGGACAAACAAAAAUGGGAAGACCGAAAGAUCAAAUGUUUUGGGAGUAUGUUGAGGGGAUUGGUAAUCAUUUGAAGUGUAAAUUCUGCGGAAAUGUAUUCAAGGGGAGUCCUUCAAUUUCAAGGAUCAAAUCUCAUUUAGCAGGAAUUCCAGGGCAGGGCAUUCAAAUUUGCGAUAGUGUGCCUGAUGAUGUCAAAGAAGCAGCUCUUGAAGCAAUCCAAGGAGCAAACAAAAGACGUAAAACUAUGAGGAGUUCAAGCAACAAUGAGGUGUACAAUCCAAUUUCAAGGCAACAAAAUCAUGAAGUGGAAGACGAAGAAAGGAUGCAAAUGGAAGUUCAGGAGAUUGAACAACAAGUGGGGGAAGCUGGAACUUCUUUUCUUCUUGAAAUGGAAGAUAAUGUAGAGAACCAUGUUGGACAAUCUUUGCAAUUUGUUGAGACCAAAGGAGAGAAGUUGUUGACAGCAAAGUUAAAGGGUGAGGAGUUUGAAACACAUAUAAAAGAGAUCUGUUCUUGUUUAAGGGAUGAUGAUAAUGUCUCAAAGGUUGGCAUUUAUGGGAUGGGGGGAGUGGGUAAAACUGAAUUGGCGAAACAUGUUAAUAAUGAACUUUUAAGAACUCCCAGCCCAUUUCAUUAUGUUUAUUGGGUUACUGUGUCGCCAGAUUUUAGCAUCCAUAAAUUGCAAGACACCAUUGCAAGAAUGGUGAAUCUAGACCUUUCAAGUGUGGAUGAUAAGCAUAUAAGAGCAGCCAGAUUAUUCAAGGUGUUGAAGGAUAAAAAUUUUGUUUUAAUUUUGGAUGAUAUGUGGAAUUAUGUUCCCCUUGAAAUGGUAGGAAUUCCUGAUAACAUGAAAAGAUGCAAGUUGGUUCUCACAACUCGAUCUUUAAAUGUGUGUCGAAAGAUGGAUUGCCAGAAGAAUUUCAAAGUAAAGCCUCUUUUAGUAGAUGCAAGUUGGGAGCUAUUUUUGCAGGAAUUGGGGCAUCAAAUAAUGCCUAGUCUAGAAAAGAUUGCAAAGUCCAUUGUAUUAGAAUGCAAGGGCUUGCCACUUGGGAUUAAAGUAAUGGCAAGAAACAUGAAGCAAGUGGAUGACAUACAUGAAUGGAGUAAUGCAUUGGACAAAUUAAGAAGAUCAAUACCAGAGCAAGAGAAUUUGGAGAUAUUCAACGAAUUGAAACGUAGCUAUGAUUAUUUGAAUGAUCCAACUUUACAACAAUGUUUCUUAUAUUGUGCAUUAUAUCAAGGAAGUUGGUAUGGUAUAAGAAAAGGAAUGAUCGAGUUAUUGAUUGAUGUGGGAGUAAUAGAAGGAGAAAGCAGGAGAGAAGAAUUCAAUGAGGGCCGUACCAUACUCAACAAACUUCUAAAUCUUUGCUUGUUAGAAAAAGAAGAAGAUACUUACACAGUGAAGAUGCAUAAAUUGCUUAAAAAUAUGGCCAUCCAAAUAAUGAACGCAGAUGCACGAGUAAUUGUUAAAAAUGAUGAAGAGUUAUCUGAAAUGCCAGAGUGGGGAAACUGGUCAAAAGAUCUUCUCAGAAUUUCAUUGAGUUCUAAAGAUAUACGUAAGAUUCCUUCCGGUUAUUCACCCAGCUGUCCUAAUCUUUCAACUGUUUUGUUGGGUAACAAUUUUAAUUUGAGCUUCAUUGGAUAUUCUUUCUUCAAGCAAUUGCAUGGUCUCAAGAUGCUUGAUCUUUCUUGGACUGCUAUUCAAAAGUUGCCAACGUCGAUCUCUCAUUUGGUGAAUCUAAGCGCAUUAUUACUUAGGGACUGUAAAAAUUUAAGGCAUGUGCCGUCAUUAGCAGCGCUUAGGGCAUUGAAGAGGUUGGAUCUCUAUGGUUCUGGAGUGGAAAAAGUGCCUAAAGGAAUAAAAUUGUUGUCCAAUCUCAGGUAUUUGGAUCUUUGUGGCACAAACAUAGAGGAGUUGCAACCAGGGAUAUUACCAAAGCUUUCCCAAUUGCGAUUCCUCCGCCUUGGCUUUUCUUUCACAGUUGAAGGAAAGGAAGUAGCAUCGCUGAGAAAGUUGGAAGAAUUGGAAUGCCGUUUCCACGGUGUUGGUGAGUUGAACACCUUCAUGACUUGUAAACCUUCAACCAGUCAAAUGCGAUGCAGACUUCUUGUAGGACAAAGCAAACAAAUGGAUGGAAGCUAUUUUGAUGAUUCUGAGGUUUAUUUUAAUAAUUGCAGUAUCAGCGAAGGGGGCAAUGCCCUAUCUCUCCCAAGAGAAGUGAAAUCUCUGAUCUUUGAUGGAUGCAACAUUGAAAGCGGCGGCUUAUGCUUCCGAUAUGCAAUUGAACCGGAGUACUUUGAAAUUGAAGAUUGUGAGGGUCUAGAGCAUUUGUUUUCAUUGUCCUCCCCCCCUUCUGUGUUUAAAACCCUUGAGAUUAUACAAAUUCGCAAUUUGAAGGAUCUAUAUUUCCUGUUUGGUGAAGGAGGGAGGAAGUUCAACGGGGACAUUCCAUUAACAGGACCAUUAUCACUGCCGUAUGGUACCUUUUCCCUUCUCAAAGAAUUUAAAAUAUGGGAUUGUCCAAGUAUGAAGAAGCUGUUCCCUCAGAGCUUGAUGUUAGACCUUCAAAAUCUGAAAGUGAUUUCUGUAACAAAUUGUGAUAACAUGGAGGAGUUGAUAGCAUCGGAAGAAGGACAAGAAAGCGUCAACGGCAAUAUUGGCAGCAGAUUCAUCUUUGUCCCAAAAUUAAGGAGGGUUGAAUUGCAUGGGUUGCCAAAACUGAAAAGCAUAUGUAGUGGAGAAAUAGUAUGCGAUUCUCUCCAAACAAUUGGAGUACGGAAUUGUCUAAAUCUUGAGAGGAUAGCACUUUCUCUUUUCUUGCCUGACCAUAGCCAGCUGUCCCCUCUCCCUUCUCUUCAAGCUAUCAGAAUUUAUCCUAGAGAAUGGUGGGAGUUGGUUGUUGAGUUUGACCAUCCGGACGCCAAGGAUGUCCUCUUUCCCCUUUGCGAAUUCUUAUGAUAUUUUGUAAAAUAAUUGAAGCAGGACAUAAGACAUGUUAUAAGAUGGAGUUUCAUCAGCCAAUGGGAGUAGGAGUGUGAGGUCUCCAUAUUUGAAGGUGUGGUUAUAAGUUCGAGCGAGCGAAAUCGGAGAUCACUAUCUCGAAGAACGAUGGCCAGGAAGUUUUUCGUCGGCGGCAACUGGAAAUGUGCGAGUUUCCAUCCAUCAUUUCCUUUUUACUUUAUUUAAUUUUCAUUUUAUAUUUUUCAUAUCUGAUCAUUUAUAUAUGUACUCUUGCAUGUGUUUGAUCAAUCUGAGGAAUAUGAAAUUCCUUGUUCUUUUA